ACACACUCUGUGCCUAACUCCACCUUCCCUUGCUAAGUCAAUGCUAGAUUCAUCUAGUCUAUGAAUGUGUGUGUGUCUCCCUCCAGAGCCCCCCAAAACCAGGCAUCAAAGGAAAGGCACCAGUCACACACACCCCUGCCCACACCCCCAUACUGCCGUCCCCGCUCCCCCAUAGAGACGCAACAUGUGUCCCCUGCCUCCCUUCUGCGCCGUGUGACUCCGGUAUUUGCUGCUCCCAUGUGCCCCUCCGAUGACAAAGUCCCUUCUGCUGACCGCACUCAUGCCAGGAUGGAAGGUGAGGGAAGCCCUGUGGAAAUCCAAGCAGCACCCAUUGGUACAACAGCUGUGCCUGUGUCCCCCAGUUCCCCGGUCUCACCCACUGACUCACUUACUGAAAAGAAGCGGACACCCAUGGAUAAAGAGGGUCUUCCUGCCAACGUGCCCGUCAUAAGCCUUGGCCACAGCAAGAUGGUUUUGCAUCCUGAGCUGACCACCCUGCGCCCUGUGCCCUCUCUGAUGUUGGCUUUGCCUGGCAUACGAACUCCUUUGUUCCCCCCACAGUACCACCCUCAUCCCUAUCUGCCCAGUCCAUACCUACGUGCCUCUAGUCUUUAUCCCAUCUUCUCUGGACGCUUCAAGAAAAGGAGUCACCCUAACAUCCCAGAGGUGCCAUUCUUAGGUCGCCAGCCGCAGAAAGUUGCUCGCCGGGUCUUCACUAACAGCCGGGAGCGCUGGAGGCAGCAGAAUGUGAAUGGGGCCUUUGCUGAAUUGCGCAAGCUGAUCCCUACGCACCCCCCAGACAAGAAACUGAGCAAGAAUGAAAUCCUGCGUCUGGCCAUGAGAUACAUCACUUUCUUAGUUACGUUACUGGGGGACCAGCGCAGCUCCCCCACAAAACAGUCUCCUGCUAAGAGAGGAAUCCCACUCCCUGUCCUGGACUUACCCUCAAAGGGCAAGGAAAGCAAGAGACCCCCUGCCCGAGUGCAGAGAGCGGAGGACACACAGGAUGGAGGAGGGUUUGGUACAGUGUCCCCUGUCUCUGGAAGCUGCGGGGAGAGUCUGGAAAGCGAGGAAGAGGGGGACCAGGGGCCCUUAGCUAUAAGCAGACAGAGGGUUAUAGUUCAGGCAGAGGUAGGAGGGAGCUGAUGGGGCAUGUGAGGGACCAACUCUGACUGAUGAAGGCCCAGAAUGCACUUCUGUUCUUCAUAUUGCAUGCACCUCACUAACUGCAAUGAUGUGGGUACUGUGGGUCCCCAUUACCAGAAUUCCCCCGUCUGCAUUAUAAUUUGCAUUUUCCCUUUCGAGUUCUAACUGCACUGGAUUUGUAUUUGUAAACACCUCCGGAGAUGCAUCUUUGCGUGGCUGCAGUAACUCUGGAAUUUCAUUGGAUGGAGAUGCCCCUGUGACAUUUUCUAAUUGGAUAAAUGUUGUAGGACUAUACAAUGCUGAAUGUGCAGUAUGUGAACUGGAUUCAACAAAACUGCGCUCCCCCAAAUGGAUUGUUGGGAUAUCUCUUUGGAUUAUAGUGAUGGCGUUGCAUAGAUUCAUUAGAAUGUAUUUCCCAUAAUGCAAAGUUACACUAGAGCAAAGUGAGUGGACAAUAUGGUCAAAAGCAUCAAUUUAGGGAUAAAAUGACCGGACCCCAAAACCCAGAAUGCACUGCCAAAGUAGGGACAAUUAAAACUCUUGAAGCAUUGAUAAUCUUUGGGUGAUGGAACCCUAAUGCACUAUUUGUAAUACAAUCAUUAUGAUAUGAGAACAAA